AUGCGUCAGUGCGUCAUGCGCGCAAACGCCAAGAACCACGAAUUCGGACAUCAGACACUACUCUACUUCUGGUCUCGACCACCAGAUUUAUACAGCCAAGAGUUACGUUUACUUAUGUCGAGCGAAGUCAAACUGUCAUCGAAACAAGCGGCGGCCUUGUUCCACUUCCUAUGUCAAGAGGAAGCCUUCCUGGAGUUCUCGAGCCUCAAAAUUCCUGGUCGCAUCGCUGCACUGGGCCCUCCCUUCCUACCAAACGCCAAGUUCCCCAACUGCGAUGCGUCACCUUUGCUGGAAAAAUGUAUACGGCAUUUUGUUCUGACAGAUACAUUGCCGGGCUUCUGUAAAGUCCAAGACGACUCCAACUUCUGGGGUGGCCAAGUGCAAGGCAUCCUCGAGCGUAUGGCUGAGUCAAGUCUGUCAGAUUCUUAUGAUAAGGGCAAAGUCUCCAAACGCAAAACUUUGGGUAUGGCCGUGAGUGUCUUCCUUUCAAAUAUUGCCCGUGGUUUAUACGGCAAAGUGCCGACAAAUGCAGAAAUGGCCGUUGCACAGGCCGAACAGGGUAGACCUCCAACGGACCCAUCUUCCCAGGGCAAAAGUUUUGAUGCGGAAUCGCUGACAGAGGCGUGGCAAGCCUGGAAGCGGGAUAUGGUACACGAGGAUCACUUGGAAUCGCUUCUCGUAUUGAUACGUGAAGCGCGACCCUGUGAGCAAUGGCCAAUACAACACUACCCUGCUGCGCUGUACGUGAAACUUACUAUUGCCUCACUGCUGCACUACAUCUUCGUUGCGUCACCUGAUGGCUCUGAGAUUCUAUCCAUCGUUAGCAGAUUACACGCAAAACUUCCCUAUUGGAGUAUACGCCAAGCUUUGAAGAUGCCAUACGCAACCGCGAUGAUACAAGGCCUUUCCAAGGUUUUCUUGGCAAAAUCCAUGUUUGGCGGCUCAAACUUGAUGCAGACUCUCAUCUCUUAUAUUCUCGGCGGUGACCAAACCCGGCUCGAAAAGGCAAUUGCUCAAAUCGAAAAGUCUGGUAUCCAUGCAGAAUACAAGGCACAGAUAUUGAAGUUUGUUCACGAAACAGGCCGGGAGACGCAAGCCUCCAUGAGAGAUGAGAGUGUGGCAACGGGGAAAUCAAUUGUGGCCAUCAUUGUUAAGACUAUCAAUAUGCCCUUUGAAGAGCAUGAGGUACUACUCAAAUACCUCGAAUUACAGCUUGCUCGGAGAGAUCGUGUUGAACUCAUACAAAUCCUGACUGGGGACGAAACGUUGACUUCGCUAGUGCGCCAAUUUUUGGACAUAUUCUUUGGCAUCAUCAGCGACCUCCACAAGGCAGUGGAUCUCCCCACUGGUUUGGGUGCAGCGCAGACAUUCAUUGGUGCGCUUAUCACAUGUUCUGAAAAGCAGGGCGCAACAAUUUUCGACUUUGUUGACUUGGUAGACCGCUUCGAAUGCGAGUUUCUGCGAUUUGGUACACAGAUUCUGAACAACUCCGAAAGCUUGACGAUCGGAUAUACAAAGUGGUAUGAUCAUUGCUUGAGUGCUUAUCGUGGUGAGCCGGUGCUUGACCUUCAAUCAGCGGUCGCCAAAAUGACUGAAGUGGAGCAAAAGCAAAUCAUCGCUCAGCUGGAUGCAUAUCAACAGUAUCUCAGUGACAAGCAGGCUGUGUCGCAGCGCAACCUCUCUUCUAUGCUUAAAUAUCGUGAGAAGAAGUCGGCUGUAAAGCCAUGCAGUUUAGGCUUCGGUGUCUGGCUUGGCAUUCUUCGAGAUGUGCAACAGGACGCGAAGGUCACUCCGAAGCAGCCUCAGGGGUCAUUUGACAAGUCUGUGCGGCCAGACAUGCAGACGUCCAAGAAUACAAUACUGCCCGUCUUUGCUUUGGGCCUCGGUGCGAAUAAAUGA